GCCUUAAGAAGCAGGCGAUAAAACAAAGCGUUUCAGACAGAGGGUGAAAACAGCCUUUGCAUUUUCACAUUAAGGAUGCGCUGACUGAAACUCGACGUGUCCAAUAGCAGCUGCCGAUCGGUGGGCGGUGAUAGUUGAGUUCAAGCCGCAAUACAUUGUUCCCGCACACAGCCAGACGCGAAGUGUAGCAGGUCUUGGUCCUGCGCCUGUUUGACUUUGACGCAAUAGUUUGAUGGAAAUGAGUCCGGACGGUCGGGACAAAGUGCAGAAGAAGCCUGUUCGCCUCAUAGCAGCGGUCUGCAAUGACAUGGGGAUCGGCAAAGACGGGAAACUGCCCUGGAAUUUACCAUCUGAAUUCCAGUACUUUCUGAACACUGUCAAAAGGGUGUCGAGACCAGGAAAGAUGAACAUGAUGGUCUGGGGCAAACUGUGCUGGUACUCCCUCCCAAAAACUAUGUUCCCAAUGGCCAAUAUUCUGCAUGUGGUGCUGAGCACGACACUGGACACGGUUCCAGAUCACGGCCACUUCCUGUGUCGAGAUUUUGAGAGUGCGGUCCGUCUGGCUGCACAGCCCCCCCUCGCUGACCUGAUUGAGACCAUCUGGAUUGUUGGUGGGACGCAGGUCUACAAGGACGCGCUGAAGCACCCGUGGUGUGACUUGGUUUACCUGACAGACGUCAUGGCAGACUUCGACUGUGACGUUUUCUUCCCUGAGUUUGACAGAGGACUCUUCAAAGAACAAGAAGGUUUUCCUGAUGUACCGAGUGGAAUUCAAGAGGAGAACGGCAUUAAGUACAAGUUCCAAGUGUUCAAGAAAGAGAUUGGUGAUGCGGUGUAGACAGUUAAGAGAGAAAAUCAAUAGAUUGCCUGAAAACACUCAAAAUUACUCAUUCCUUACAACCUUUCAAGAUGUAUUGCCGAGUUAACUCCUGGAUAGACUGUAGAGACAUGCCAAACCCACAGUGCGUCAUUAUAUUUCUAUAGAUUCACGGAAAUCCACAGUCUUCUUAACACUCUUUGUAAUAUAGUUAAGUGUAAAUAAGACUUUUAUACUCUUUGUAAUCGAUGAAAAACUUUAACAGCCGUCCAGUUUGUUUACAAAAGUCUUUGUGCGUAUCUUCCAUCGCUGCUGCUUGGUAGGACAUUACGAUCUGUUCCGAUAUAAAAACUGCCACCCUCUGCUCACCUUGUCAGCGUUCCCAUCUCGCCCUCCUCCUCAGUAACAUUGCAGCUGCACAGCAAAUAUGCUUGUCGGUGAGUCUGUCAGCUGCUUACGUUGACGACAGCCUGUGGUCUGGGUAGCACAGCAGAUCUGGUCCUUUCUAAGCAAACAUGACAGAUGCCAGUUUAGAAAGCAACAAAUGAAUUGUCCUACUAUGACUGUCUUGUCAUUCAGAAAGAUACGGGGAAAUGUUACAGCUUGUAAUUUGUUGUGAUUACAACUGAAAAUACAUGUAUUUUGAAUGUAUGAAUUGUAAUUUGUGAAUCUAGGUUUUUCAUGAAAAUAAAUCAAUCGUAAUUGUUUA